ACGGAUGGCAUGGCCGGGGGUCUGGCGUUUCUGGGGAAUAUUGGUUGCGUGUUCCAUUCCAGCUAUAUCAGGCAUCACUUAAUGCAUGUAUGCGUCGUUAUUUGGGAAUACAAUUGAUUCAUCAUCCGCUUUAUCAUCUUCAGUCUUCCCUCCAUCCCCCGACCCAAUUGAAACCUCAAACAUGCCAUUCCCACCUUCCACUCCAAAAGUACGCCAUCCUGUGUUCCCUUUCAGUUACACCCCCCCCCUUCCCUUGCCCUUGGCCUUCCCCUUCCCCUUCUCCUCUGUCACCACGCCCGUGCAUCGUCGCAACUCAUUUCCGACCUCCGACCCCUGCUCAUCCCUGCCCUCCUCCCCGGCACUAAAGACCGGUGAAGUUUGUUCCAUGGCUACUUGCAGGGGUCAGUUCUUGCGCGCCAAUCCCAAUCCCAAUCCCAAUCCCCAUCCCGAUCCCCAUCCCAAACCCAGCAUCUGUCGUCCCUCGCCACACCUCCACACCUCCACACCUCCACACCGCAACAGACAAUCCACACCGCACCAGACAAUCCGACACCGCAGCGGUGGCGAGUAUACUGAUAUUGUUACAGACAGACAUGAACAAUGAACAUGAGACUGAAGCCUUUCGUGCUGUGCGGCAUGGCAGGAUGGGACGCUGUGUAUC